AUGGCGGCGGCGGCGGCGCUCGCGGCAGAAGACCGAGCCAUUUGGGUGGAGCGGAACAAGGAGUACUCUUACCAGCUGUGGUGGUUCGUCGCCAGCUUCAUCGGCCUCGUCGCAGUCGGCCAGCUCCUCUCUUGGUUCUCGGCUCGCCUCUUCAGGCCGCCUUGUCCCUCUCCGCUCACAGAGAAGAGUGACGCCGAAGGACGCGGUGCCGUCCGCGCCCGUCGGUUCUCCUGGAGUCGGAUGCCCAUCGCGCUGGUCAACUACUUCCGCAUGCUCGCCUUCAGGAACACCGUCGACUUCGGCGAGAAGUACAGCUUCACCUAUGCAGAGGCCUUCAUCACCCUUGGUUACGUCGUCGCCAUUUUCACGUGGGAGUUUGUGAACACGACGGACCUUUUUGGAAACCUCUUGAGCUUUACCUAUUGGUCGGGGAGAGCAGGGGCACUGGCCGUUAGCCAGUUUCCGUUGAUCACUGCGCUCGGGACGAAGAACAGCAGCAUUGCUUAUAUCACAGGAGUCAGCUAUGACAAGUUGAACUUCAUUCAUCGCAUGAUGGCUCGUGUCGUGUUCGUCCUCCUUUGGGUUCACGCGGGCUCCAAGACGACGUACAUCCAAGUAGCCUUGGCCGCCAUCAUCGCUUUCACCAUUCUAGUGAUCGUCGCGCAUCGGUCUAUCCGUGCUCGUUACUAUGAAUUCUUCUUCUUCACGCAUUUUGCGAUGGUCAUGAUUAUGCUCAUCGGCGGUUACUUACACGCAAAGAACUUCUCUCCGCUCUACACCUACAUCUGGCCUUCGUUCAUCAUCUGGGGAGCCGAUCGCUUCCUGCGCCUGUUCCGUCUGGUGUACUACAACAACUACUUCUGCUCCUCCGCCCCGCGGCCCCUCACAGGCAUCGACGCUUCCGUGGAGCUCCUUUCGGCCCAGUUUGUGCGCUUGCGCUUCCAUCGGCCCCCGCAGCUCAAGUGGACGCCCGGCCAGGCUGCUUUCCUGAUCAUGCCCUCCGUCUCCACCAUCCCGUUCGAGGCGCACCCAUUCACGAUUGCCAGUGUCGACUCGCGUUACCGACUGCAAGGGAAGUCUAUGCCGAUGGAGCGGACGGACUCGCUGUCAACGAUGAACGACCGGACCGACAUGCCUCUGAUAGGUAUCCCAGCGUCGGAGGAGCUACAAUUUAUGAUCAAUGUUCGCGAGGGCUUUACGAAGCGGCUCGCGCAGGCGGCGGAGAUGGGCCGGAAGGUCAAGGUCUUCGUAGAUGGGCCGUAUGGGUUCUCUCCCAACUUGCACGGCGACGACACGGUCGUGCUCGUAGCAGGCGGUUCUGGUAUCUCUCUCGUUCUCUCCAUGUUCCUCGGACUCGUGAGCGACGUCCAGAACGGCAAAAGCAGGUGCAGGAGGGUCGUCUUUGUGUGGUCUAUCCGUGAUCCUAAGCAACUGGACUGGAUAUCCGAGGCGAUGGGCAACGCCCUCGAGGUCGCCCCGGAGAAGCUUGACAUCUCCGUCCGUAUCUUCAUGACCGGCCGCGCACGGAUGCCCGACCAGACGCCCCUUAUGAGCGACAGCGACGACGACGGAAAUAUGUCCUCCGACGAGAUGACAACACCUACCAUGGAGAUGAUGGAGAUGCGCAGGCCUCUGAUGAGCUUCGCUGCCGUCCAGCUUACCCAUGGUAGGCCGGAGCUGGGCAAGCUUCUUAAGGACGAGGUGUCGGCCACUGUUGGUCGCAUUUCUGUCACCGUCUGUGGGUCUCAAGCGAUUGCGAAGGCAUGUCGUGACGCUCUCCGGUUGCCGUUCAUCGAGCCUCUGUACGGCGGCCCUAGCGUCGUGCUCCACGUUGAGUCGUUUGGUUACGCAUAG